GCGGGAGCGGAGCCCAGAGCAGACAGCGAGCGAGCGAUCGGGGAGCAGAGACAGCGUCGGGGCCGGGGCCGAGAUGCAGCUCCGAAACUUCCUUGUGCUCACCCUCAUGGCCCUCCUGGCCCUGCCCUCGGAGGCUGCAAAGAACAAGAAAGACAAGGGAAAGAAAGGCAGUUCGGAGUGUGAGGAGUGGAGCUGGGGUCCGUGCACGCCCAGCAGCAAAGACUGUGGCAUUGGCUUCCGGGAGGGCAGCUGCGGGGGCGAGACCCGGCGCCUCAAGUGUAAGGUCCCCUGCAACUGGAAAAAGGAGUUUGGAGCGGACUGCAAAUACAAGUUUGAGAGCUGGGGCGCGUGUGACAGCAGCACUGGUACCAAAACCCGCCAGGGGACCCUGAAGAAAGCCCUCUACAAUGCCCAGUGCCAGGAGGCCAUCCGAGUGACCAAGCCCUGCACCCUCAAGGCCAAAGCCAAGAUCAGAGCCAAGAAAGGGAAGGGGAAGGAUUAGACCCAGAAGCACCACCUGACAAGGGGGCUUUGCCUCUGGGGGACUCCCAGAUGCCCUGUCCCUUUCCUCCCUCUGCCUCCCCCCUCCCCUUUCCAGCCCCCCAGAACUUAUUCCACACCAGGUGCCUUGUUCUUAUCAUUAGCUUUAUCAAUCACGAAGCCCUCCUCCCCACUUUCCCUCCAUUCUUCCCAGCCCUGCCCCGGAGCCCUGGCAUGAAGGGGUGGAGGGGUUCAGGGGGGAGGGAGGGACUAGGCCCUCCACUCCCUGCCCUGGCUCCCUCUCACCCCAAUGAUGUGAGCUCCAAUUCAGCCUACCCCCUUAUUCAAGCCAUCACCUUUAUUAAAAAAUAAAAAUAAAGUCUUUUUUUU